GUUUUCGAGUGUUGGCUUCAUCCUUCUCGUUACCGUACUCAGCCGUGUAAAGACGGAACGAGUUGCCGGAGAAGGAUCUGUUUCUUCGCUCAUACGACGGAGCAGUUACGCGUUUUGCCUUGUUCCUUAGAUCCAGAUCUUGGAUUCUUCUCUUCGAAAUCAGGCUCAGCUACUUCUCCGACUUCGAUCCUCGUUUCUCCACAGUCGGAAUCUCCGCCGCUUUCUCCGAGCACCGGUGAAAUCAUUGCGUCGAUGAGGAAGAUGCAGUUGAACGGAGGUUGUUCGUGGGGUUCGCCGAUGAGAUCUGGAGUUAGGUUACCUUUUUCGUCGUCUUUGCGUCCGAUGCAGGCGCCGACGUGGCCGAGAAUUAGGGAGUUUGAGAUCUGGGAGAGUGAACGUGAAGAAGAAGCUCCGGCGAUGGAGUUUGUGGAAUCUGGAAAAGAACUGAGAGCCAAGAUGUACGCGAAACUCAGUCGAGAAAACUCACUCGGUUGAGUUAACCCGGUACUGUUAACCGAGUCUUUGAUGAUGUGGCAGUUCUAUCCAGUUUGACUCGACUAUUUUAAUUUUGUGAAUAUUUGGAGAUUUUUUAUUUGUGUAGAUAAAUGACGUGGCAAAUCAGUCUUAUCGUCGUUUUGUAACUGAUACUUGGGAGGCCUUUUGCACAAAAAAAAAAAAAAAACUUGGGAGGCCUUUCUGCAAUUUGUUUAGCAUUUUCGUAAUUUACCUAUUUUGUUUUCUUUUGCCAUUGGCUUUAUUUUGUUGUGUAUUAGUUUGUCAUUUUGUAAUUAGUUCUAAAUGUAUUUGGAUUUUUGCAAACUUGUUUUA